AUGGCUGAUCCCUUGUCUAUCGCGGCCAGCAUAGCGGGUCUACUGUCUUUGGCCGAUUCGGCGUUUCGUGGGGUGUUUCGCUACACUCAAGAUGCUUCGAAUGCACAAAAGGAUAUCAAAGCACUCUGCACUGAAUUACAAUCUGUUGCCGUCGUCCUCCACGGAGUCAAGCUGUUGACCGAGACCUUGGAGCAAGAUGCCACACGCUCCUCUCCCUUACGACUGGAACAUGUUCACUCGUGCCGGGCCGUUCUGAACGAGAUCCUAGGCCGAAUCGUGAGAUUUGACCCUACUCCAGGUGACAACAAGAGCAUCAAGCAUGCCAUGCAAGCUUUGAAGUGGCCUUUUGGGAAAUCAAGAACUAUGGAAAUGGUCAACGAGCUUUCACGUCAAAAAGAGACUUUGCAGCUUGCGUUGCAAGCUAGCACAAUGGCAGAUCUCAUGGCAUGUCUCAGCAAAGUGCAAAACGUUGAAAGCAAACUGAAUCAAAUACAAAAGAGUGUGGAAAGCCUCAAGGUUUUGACGCGCAUUAAAAUCGACCACAUGCGUUCAAAGAUUCUGGACUUUUUCAUGGUCGAUGACCCGAGUCCCAAUCUCCGAACAAGCUGGAAUCUACGUCAGCCAAUGACAGGCUUGUGGCUCACAGAGUCCCCGAGAUUCCGUGAAUGGCUUACGGAGCCCCGGUCAAAGCUUUGGCUUAGCGGAAUACCUGGUGCCGGUAAGACAGUCCUGGCUGGAGCCGUCAUUCGGGAAGCGUUGAGUCGCCUGGAGACCACGCCCAAGGUUGGAGUUGCCUUUUUCUUCUGUGACUACAAAAAGAAAAGUUCAUGGGACAUCUCGAACAUCCUGCGAGCCCUGAUGGCACAACUAGGUCGACAACGAGAUUCGUCCUUUCAAUUGCUGAAGGAAUAUUACGACAAGAUAGAGCCCCAGUUUGGGUUCAGAAUGACUCCCGACAUUGAAGAUCUUCGGGACUUAUUUGUGAGGCAAGCCAAUGAAUAUGACCAAGUCCUGGUGGUGGUCGACGGACUCGACGAAUGUGGCGACAAGGCUGGCGAAGUAAGCAGAAUGCUUUCCGAAGUUGCACGAUACGCGAGAACCAUAUCAAUGGCCCUGUGCAGUCGGCACGAGGCUGACAUUAGCGAUCAACUGGAAACUGACUUUGACCACAUUCCAAUUGCCGCACAUACGGAAGACAUAUCCUUAUUCGUUGGCGCAGAGCUUGAAAAAAGGAUUGAACAGAAGCGCUUGAGACUAGGGAAUGCGAGUCUCAAGGAUGAAAUCAUGUCAAAACUCAUUGAGGGGGCACAAGGGAUGUUCCGUUGGGUUGCUUGCCAACUCGAUGUACUGUGCGAGUGUCCCACGGAUGCAGAUCGGCGGGCGGCACUUGAGGAGCUGCCAAGAACUCUCCCUGAGACCUAUGAACGAAUACUACAUCGCAUAAAUCAGCGAAACGGACGCGUUCAAAGACUUGUGCAGCUCUCUUUGAAGCUGAUUGCUGUUGAGGAAGACGACUUCAAGCUUACAAUUCCACAACUUUGCCAGGCCGUCUCUACCCCGGAUGAAAUAGGUGUGACUUUGGACAAAGAAGCAAUUGUGAGGGAUGAAGAAAUCUCUCGCAGCUGUUCUAGCUUCAUUCGCAAAUCAAACGACGGCCGCUUUUUCGAGUUCUCCCACUUCAGUGUACGCGAAUACUUGCAAGACUCCUCGCUUCUCCAGAGGCCAGACCUGGCAUUGUAUCAUAUUGCAGAUGAAAAGGUCUAUCAAAUCACGGCUAUACAGUCUCUUCGAUUCCUCUUACUGAAGAACUUUGAUGGACCUGUUUCCCGGGACUUUGAGGCUGAGGCGUGGAGCAUGCAAAAGACCUGCGAUGAAUUUCCACUAUACCAUUUUGCUGCAGUGACAUGGCCAAUAAUGGCACAUCGCGCUCAGGCUGCAGGGAUGGCACAAUCCGGCAUGAUACUCGACCUCGAAAAGGUGCUGCUUCAUCAAAAAAAGACAACAAAUUACAAGAAUUGGCUCAUUGCCUUUUAUACAUACAUCAAUGAGCCUAAUGGUUCUGACGGAUUCAAAUUUGUUGUAACGUCAACAAAGAUCAAACACGCAGUUGAUGUCUUGUUGGGACGAGAUAUCUCCACACUUCAUGUUGCUGCGGCCUUGAAUCUUGUUGACGUAGGGUUGUGGCUCAUUGAUCAAGGUGCUUGCAACUACACUAAUACCAAGGCGCCUUCUAUGCUGGACUUUGCAGCUUUGGGAAUCUCCUCAUUCGUGAGCUUUGGCCAUGAUCCUCUACAUGGGUACACUUACCGCAGCAUCAAGAAGGAUUCACGUCUCUGUGAGGCUCUCCUUGCCCGCGGUGAAACCAUUUCAGCUUAUUUUUGGACCUUGGCGAGUGGCUGGCUACCGCGUCCUGAGGAUAUAUGGGAAAUUCAAAAAAGUCUGCCUCAUAGUGUCGCUUUUGAAACAGAUGCUCUUGAUUUUGUGGUUUACUUAAUAGGCACUGGACUGAACAAGACUGAUUUUGGGCGUCAGCUCUGUACCCUCAUCUGGAUCCACGCGAUCGAGUGCGGCUACAAAUUCACGACUGAUGAGUCAUUGCUACCAAUGGAAAUCACAAUGUCAGACAAUACUAUAUAUUCAACAUUAAUGACUUCCAUAAAAAAGGGUGACUUGGAGACCCUGGCGGCAUGCGAGGAUGACCCUUGCUUCGAUCAGGAAAUGACGAUUCAAGACUUGAUAUAG